CGCGGGGCGGCGGCUGCUCUGCGCGGCGCGGCGAGGACGGAGCGGCCGGGGGGGAUGCCGGCGGCCGGGGCGCACCUGCGGGGCGGCGGGGAGCGCAGGAAGAAUUUUCAAGAAUUUCUUCUGUGCCUAAAAUGUUCCAUCUUCAAGACGGUCUGAAUCAGGCAGAGCAGGGACUUGAAGCUUGGCCUCCCACAUCCAAGGUGGUUCUUGGCCAUAGAGUGUAGCCAUUGGCAGACUGUCUUGAGGCAUGCGUACCAUGUGUCCCAGCCAGCGAAGCCUGAGAGCAUCCGUCAUAGUCUGCAUAGACUGUAUGCCAGUCCUCUCAAGGAUGACAACUGUUUUCUUCAUACUGCUUGCCAUGCCAAACUUGGUGCAUGCAUCAGAGGACUUGUUUAUCAUGAUUUGCAGUUCAUCAGGAGCUUUCCACACAUGAACACGAGAAGAGUUGCUAGUUAAAAGAAAAGUGAGCAGUGCAAAGCACAGUAUGGCCACCAUGAAGAGGAAUGGACUCAUUGCACUACUGGUUGCAGGCCUGGGAGUCUUGGAGAUCCUGGAGUUGACAGCAACAGAAGAUUCCCUGUGCCAGCGUACUGAACACCCAGUUAUCACUUAUAAAGAAAUUGCCCCCUGGUUGUGUGUGUUUAGAGCCGAGAACGCUGUGGACUUUUCGCAGUUAACAUUUGACCCAGGACAGAAAGAACUUAUUGCUGGAGCAAGAAACUACCUCUUCAGGUUGCAACUUGAGGAUCUCUCUCUAAUCCAGGCAGCAGAGUGGCAAUGUGAUGAAGCUACUAAAAGAGCCUGUUACAGUAAGGGCAAAUCAAAGGAAGAAUGCCAGAACUAUAUCCGUGUACUUCUUGUUGGUGGUGAUCAUCUCUUCACCUGUGGAACCAAUGCUUUCACUCCUAUUUGUACCAAUCGUACGUUAAGUAACUUAACAGAGAUACAUGAUCAGAUCAGUGGCAUGGCUCGCUGUCCUUACAGUCCCCAACACAACUCCACAGCUCUUCUCACUUCCAGUGGGGAGUUAUAUGCUGCUACCGCCAUGGAUUUUCCAGGAAGGGACCCUGCCAUCUAUCGCAGUUUGGGCACCCUUCCUCCUCUCCGCACUGCACAAUACAACUCCAAGUGGCUGAAUGAGCCAAAUUUUGUCUCAUCCUAUGACAUUGGAAACUUCACCUACUUCUUCUUUCGAGAGAAUGCAGUGGAGCAUGAUUGUGGGAAAACUGUGUUCUCUCGGGCUGCUCGGGUCUGCAAGAAUGAUAUUGGUGGCAGAUUUUUGCUGGAGGAUACUUGGACCACUUUUAUGAAGGCUCGUCUGAACUGCUCGCGUCCUGGAGAAAUUCCAUUUUACUACAAUGAGCUACAAAGUACUUUCUUCUUGCCAGAAUUGGACUUGAUCUACGGAAUCUUUACCACUAAUGUGAACAGCAUAGCAGCAUCAGCAGUUUGUGUUUUCAACUUGAGUGCCAUAACUCAGGCCUUCAAUGGACCCUUCAAAUAUCAGGAGAACUCUCGCUCUGCCUGGCUGCCUUAUCCCAAUCCUAACCCUAAUUUUCAGUGUGGUACCAUGGACCAGGGUCUAUAUGUGAAUCUGACUGAGAGGAAUCUUCAGGAUGCCCAAAAAUUUAUUCUAAUGCAUGAGGUGGUUCAGCCUGUCAUUCCGAUUCCUUACUUCAUGGAAGACAACAGCCGGUUUUCUCAUGUCGCAGUGGACGUGGUGCAGGGCAAGGAAAUGCUUUUUCAUAUCAUCUAUCUGGCCACAGACUAUGGCACAAUUAAGAAAGUUCUCGCCCCAAUGAAUCAGACUUCAACCAGCUGCUUGCUCGAGGAAAUUGAGCUCUUCCCGAAGAGGCAGAGGGAAUCCAUCAGGAGCCUGCAGAUCCUGCAUAGCCAGAGUGUUCUGUUUGUGGGCCUUCAGGGACAUGUGGUAAAGAUACCCCUGAAGAGGUGCCCGUUUUAUAAAACACACAGUUCAUGUAUUGGAUCUCAGGAUCCUUACUGCGGCUGGGACAUGGUGAUGAAGAAAUGCACAACCCUGGAAGAAAGUCUGAGCAUGAGUCAGUGGGAGCAAAGUAUCACUGCAUGUCCUACACGGAAUCUGACUGUGGAUGGAAAUUUCGGAAUGUGGUCACCAUGGAAACCCUGCACCCACACAGAUGGGACCAGUAUUGGCUCCUGCCUCUGCAGAACUCGGCUAUGUGACAGCCCAGCUCCUCAGUGUGGAGGCUGGCAGUGUGACGGGCCCAGCAUGGAGAUUGCCAAUUGCUCCAGUCCUACACUUUCUAUAACAGCUGACAGAACCGUAGCUUCUUAUUCCAGAAAUGGAGGAUGGACUCCAUGGACUUCCUGGUCACCCUGCAGCACCACCUGCGGAAUCGGCUUUCAGGUCCGUCAGCGUUCCUGCAGCAAUCCAACGCCCCGGCAUGGGGGUCGCGUGUGCGUGGGACAGAACCGUGAGGAGAGAUACUGCAAUGAACAUUUGCUAUGCCCUCCACACGUAUUCUGGACAGGCUGGGGUCCGUGGGAACGCUGCACUGCCCAGUGUGGUGGAGGGAUUCAGGCUCGUCGCAGGACUUGUGAGAAUGGCCCUGACUGCCCUGGCUGUAAUGUGGAAUAUCAACCUUGUAACACCAACUCCUGUCCAGAGUUAAAAAAAACCACCCCAUGGACUCCUUGGACUCCAGUCAAUAUCUCAGACAAUGGUGGCCACUAUGAACAACGGUUUCGAUAUACUUGCAAGGCACGACUGCCUGACCCAAAUUUGCUGGAAGUGGGAAGACAAAGGAUUGAAAUGCGUUAUUGUUCUAGUGAUGGUACCAGUGGAUGCUCCACAGAUGGGCUGUCUGGGGAUUUCUUGCGUUCUGGCCGAUACUCUGCUCACACAAUCAAUGGUGCCUGGUCACCAUGGACUCCAUGGUCUCAAUGCAGUCGGGACUGCAGCAGAGGUAUUCGGAACCGCAAACGUGUCUGCAACAAUCCUGAGCCCAAAUAUGGAGGACUUCCCUGUCUGGGUCCCUCUCUAGAGUACCAGGAAUGCAACAUCUUGCCUUGUCCAGUUGAUGGAGGUUGGUCUUGUUGGUCAUCAUGGUCAAAGUGCUCUGCAACUUGUGGAGGUGGACAUUAUAUGCGAACUCGUUCAUGCACAAACCCAGCCCCAGCCUAUGGAGGGGAUAUCUGCCUUGGACUCCACACUGAAGAAGCACUUUGCAACACGCAAACCUGCCCAGACAGCUGGUCCGACUGGUCUGAGUGGUCUGAUUGUGACUCAUCUGGAAUCCAGUUCCGUGUUCGUCAGUGUAUUAUUUUAUUUCCUGUGGGCAACCAGUGUUCUGGGAAUGCCACCGAGAGUCGAGCUUGCAUUUUUGAUUCCAACUUCAUACCAGAAAUAUCAGUAGCAAGAUCCAGCAGCAUAGAAGAAAAACGUUGUGGUGAAUUCAACAUGUUCCAUAUGAUCGCAGUGGGGCUGAGUAGCUCUAUACUCGGUUGCCUUCUUACACUCCUUGUUUACACAUAUUGCCAGCGAUAUCAGCAACAAUCCCAUGAUGCAACUGUCAUCCAUCCGGUAUCACCAGCUCCUCUUAAUACCAGCAUCACUAACCAUAUCAAUAAGCUGGACAAGUAUGAUUCUGUAGAAGCCAUCAAGGCAUUUAACAAAAACAACCUGAUCCUGGAGGAGAGAAACAAAUACUUCAAUCCUCAUCUAACUGCAAAGACCUAUUCUAAUGCCUAUUUUACAGAUCUCAAUAAUUAUGAUGAGUACUAAUGGGCUUGUGUAUUUUUUCGGCCUCUUGUAACUCCCCAGUUCCCCAAGGCCUGUGCUACAUGACCGCCCAUGUGUUUGAGGCUUCAGAGAUGAAAUUUGGAGACAUUUCAAGCAUACUCCAAGCCAUCAGUGUCCCAUUGCUGCCAAAAACACCUGUAUGUGACAUGAUGUUCCCUAUUGCAGAAAGUAAAAGUUUGGCCGACAGUAUCAAGUGUCAAGAUAGCACCUGGGCUUUGCUGAACAAGUCAUGAGGAGUAUGUCACUUUGUUCAAGUUUCUUAAUGUUGGGUCAGAUGUUGCUAACAUGUUUCUAACUAUUUCAUUGAGUUCUCAAGAAGUUAUAACCCCUCUAAAGAGUGUGCCAGGAAUAUGACUUUCAUUUCCUUUUGGACAUUGCCACCUUCUUUCCAGAAGAAUUGAGGAAAAAGCUCUGCUCCUAGCAAUGGUCCCCUCUAAGGAAUCUUGGUGACAUCAUACUGCCAACAAAUGUACAGAACAUUAAUUUAAGUGACAAGGAGAAAUUUGAUAUUCUGUAGGUACUCCAAGCAGUCUACAGUUUGUCUGCUUUGACUGCAAAGCAUUGUCUGAAGUUCUUGGAGUCUAUUGAGCUAUCUGGCCCUUGAAGAAAACAAAAUAUAUACUAAGGGCUUCUUGUGACAAAAGGGAAAUCUGCAAAGUAGGUGGUUCCAAGUUGUAAAACAGUUCAGGUGACAAAAAGCCUUCAUCUUGUUUGUUUUAUUUUGUUGGGAGGCUGAGGGGAGGAAGACAGGUGGGGAGGGCACAUUUGAGCGUUUUCUGCAUGUCGUUAGUAAACUAGCGUUCUUGUAGCGUAUGGACUUGCAUGACUCAUGGCAUUCCAAAGACUUCCUCUCUGUGGCGUGCUCAUACAGAAUACACUUGUCUGGUCCCUUGUAGCAUUCAACGUCAUGCCAGUCACUGAAAGGAAUACCAUACCUUGAUUUUUUCACCAUACUCUGUUCCUGGCACUCUUGCAAACAUAUGAAUAACUGUAAAAUUGCUUUUCUUUUUACACCUGUCUGACAAAAAAAAAAUCAUGGAGUGUGAAUGUGUUAUGAAAAACAUUGUUUUCAUCUUAUCGAUGUGUCUGAUCCAGGCUAAUCAACCCCUCCAGGAGCAUUAAUAAUAUUGUUUAAAGUGAGCUUCCCAUGAGGAUUUAUUGAUGUAAAUAUUUAAAGUAUCAGCUGAGUUUUAAGAUGUCAUUUGUGAUUUCUUGUGCAAUGGCAGGCAAGGGAACAGAAGCGAUCCUCAAAUUGUUGUGCCAUUUCUCUUUGUGUCCUCCUACCCCACCAAACCUCUGAUAUCUUUAUUUUUGGAACAGCAAUUCCAGCUGUACCACUGAAAUGAAAAUGGCAGGGUUGUGUGCCCUUUCUUCAGCCCAGAGGUCCAAAGAAUGUUUAUCAUAAAAGAUACGUUUCAAAGCUUACUAGUUGUUAUUCUCAAAGAGUUCAGAAAAGAAAUUAAACAGUGAAUGUUAAGGUUUAAAUAGUUGCCUGUUUUUAAAGUAUACAAUAUGCCAAGAGUAUUUCAAGGCAGGGAAAUGAAAAGUGGGGAUGUUUCAAUUUUGAAGACUUGUUCUUUAGGGCGUGGGGUAGUUAGUUAGACACCUAGAGGAAACACCUGUAAAUGCAAAAUGUUAGAAAUAAAGUCACUCAAAAUUUUGCAGUAUAAACUAUGCAAAAAUGCCAACAAAUGUAGAAUUGCAUGUGAGGGUGUGCACAGCUAUGGUGGCCUUGUUAUUUAUAUGGCCAGGUUAUGGAUUGACAACAAGACUACAUUAAUUCCUCAAACCAUGCCUAGGCAGACAGGGUUCUUUGGGUAAAUCUGAUAUCUUUUAUUAAACCAACUCAAAUAGUUGGAAAAAUUCUUUUUAGCAAGCUUUUGGGGACAAACGCCCAGGCUGAGGCUGCGUCAGGCUGAGGAAACAUCAGGCUGAGGAAGCGUCUACAACCUACACCCCUCAAACCAUACCUAUACAUUGUAGUGUGCUAUAUUUUUGAAUGGGGACAGUUUUGAAUACUAUACUAAGCUUUCCACAUCUGCUUUGCAGUAAAAUGAGAAAAUGCAAAGAAAAUAGGCUUGGAGAAGCCUUCCAAUAUGAGCCCAACUGAAGGACCUUCAGGUACUUACCAAGGGAGAGUUCAUUUUACAUCUUAUGCAUUAUUUGUGUGCAAUAUAUUUAUACUACACUGUGCUCACAGCACACAUUUACAUUCACUGAAAAUAAUUAAGAUGGGCUUCCUAGUUGUUUUUAUUGGAUUGUUCUCAGUAUUCAUUUUAACUGUCUGCUAAAAAAAAAAAAAAAGCCUCUACUCUGACACAAGUUCACUUCAGAAAAUAUGGUGGUACUUGUCCUCUAUUAUUUACCAUUGUUGUAGUAAACUUUUGAUUUGAUUUCUUAAAAAAGAAAUACUGCCUACUAUAUUUAUUUCCCUUUGGUAAAAGGAAAACACCUUUGCAAAAAAAUUUAGUGGAAUGGAUAGAGGGGUGGGGAAAAAGCUUUCCAAAUGAUAACAGUUGUGGCAUUACAAUCAUUCUGCUCCUACUGAGAAAUAGACAUUUUCAUUUAAAUUAUAUAGAGACUAAAACCUGUACUGCUAUCACUGCCAAAAUAAAAAUACUAGAAGCCCCACUUUUCUUUCCUGCUCCUCUACUAAUAGCAGCAUUAGUUUGGCUUCUGUAUUUUAAAUUUACAUUUUUAGUUAUUAAUGCCACACCUUAAAAUAUUUAAAAUAUUUAUCUUUUUUAUUUUAAUCUUUUCAUUAAAAUGAUCUGAAAUGAGUUAGCAUGUUCCUCUGCAAUAGUUUUUGAGGAACGUAUAUCUAUAUAUCAAACUGUUUUCCAUUCCUUGUACAUACAGAUAUAUAAAUAGAUAUAUACUGUAUUAGAUAGGCAAUAGUAAUAUUAUUGGGAUAAAUCACAGAACCUUACAUUUAAUUGUAAUAACCAUGUGCCUUUGACCACCUCUCCUACAUCCUAACCCCUGUCUAUCUCCCAUGGGACUGUUUCAAACAUUCCUAAUCUCUGAGCAGCUGUAAAGGAAUGUCAUUUUUCUUUAAAAGAAAAAUCAACCUUUUUUUCUUGGAUGUGGAAUUUAUCUCCCCAAAUGAUCCCAUCCUAAGUCCCAAGACUGAGCAAUAUUCAGUCCUACAGCCAAAAAAAAAAAGUAAUUAAUAAUUUUAGGUCCAAUAAUUCAUGUUCCUUCAAGGUAAGGAAGAGAUCUCUGUGUGUUUGUAUGGGGAAGGGAAUCCCAAGCUUUCCAGUGGGACUAGAACUGAAACCAAAUUAAAGGCAGGAACACUUUGGAUGUAGAAACACUGUUUUAGGUAAGGUUAGAGAUAUUUAAAAUGUAUUAUCUACACUUAUAUUUUCUGCUUCUGUGUCCUGCACAGUCAUACACAUGGAAUAAAUGGAGCCUGGCCUUCCAGGCAGGGAGAUGCAAAAAAUAGUCCCAAUCGGAUUGGGUUUUAUAUUCUUCCAAGUAUUUCUAAAACUAUUCUCCCCCCCCACACACACACACACCUUCUGAACAAGGGGAAGUGUUGGGGGGAAGUGGAUUCUGGUAUUUGAAAGCACAGAUGAUAAAAAAAUUAAAAAGCUGCACCAUAGCCAGUUUCACAUAAACCAGUAGGCUUUGCUUGCGUUGAUAUAAGGAGAAACUUCGACCCUUCCAACAUUGUUCUGUUCUGAGUGCCUGCCCUCUCAAAUUCAAUGCAGUACCCUGAUGCACACAAUUCUGUCUCUGAGGUAGCAAUCAGUUCCACACAAUAUAUUCUAUUACUUCUGUCCUGAUAGCAUUCAUUUUUAAAUACUGAAAUUUUGCACUUAAUGGAGUUUAAAAAAAAAUCUCUGGUGUCAACCAAAAUGUCACUGGUUAAAUCUGUUGCUUUUAUUUCUGGGUAGUACUGACUAAAGGAAAGUCUUGACACUGGAGGGUAAGGGCUAAUUUCUGGUUCAUCCUUGUGUGCCUAAGUGGCUUGUGCAUAGCCACGUAUCUGCAUUUUUUGGCACUUACGCACAGUUUGGAUUCCAAGUAGCUAUGCUUGCCCUGCACGUCCCUAUCAGGCAUGCUCAGUGGGCUGCACAGGUGCUUAGGGGGAACAUCAGGUAAGACCUGAAACUGCAGUUAUAGAAAACCACAAUUAGUAGGUGUCAAAUGGAGAAGAUCUUUCCUUUUUUUAGCACAAUAACCUAGUGGUUAGUGCACUAACUAAUGGAGCAGGAGUCUAGGGUUUAAGUCUACCCUCAACCAGGAGAUGAACCUUCAUCAACGCUUCUCAGCAAAAGGCUCUACCCACCAGGCCAUGGGCCGGGCAUUGUCCAGAGCCCUUUCCAGCCCCUCUUUUGUAGCUGGCCCACCGGGCAGCCAGAAGGGGAAGAUAUAUGAGGCCAAGAGUAAAACAGUCAGUGAAGAAAGAUGAUGACUUAGUGCGAUAGAUGUUACCCUGGGAGGGCACCCUAGUGGGGCAGAAGCGAUUCCACUGUUGCUUAUCCACUUUAUCUAAUACACAUUAAAUGCAAGGUAAAGAAAAGCCAUUGUAGGAGGGGAGGCCUGAACCCAGGACCCUCCUCCUCCAUUUUACUUCAGGCACAUACAUGCAGACUUGAGCAAUCUUACUCUGCCGCAGGUGGAAACAGAACUCAAACUAAACAUAAGCAUCAAAAACACUUACAUGGCUAUGUAAGUACUAUUGACAUCCAUGUCAGUUGGAGAGGAUUUGUCAUCGAAUAGUUCAAAUUAUAGCUGCGCAGGUCUAAACAUUCUGGGCUUGAUUCAGUAUGGGAUGCACAGGAGUGCAUUACUCAGUGGCUCAGAAAAUCCACUACUGUGAUUGCAGAUUUUAUCUUGUAUUUGGAUUUGAAUCUAAACACUUUUAUACUCACCUAAGGUUUCUGUUGAUGGAAGCUUUUUCAGCUAUCUGCAGUGGCCUGCUGCUGCAGCCGUGUGGUUCAGAUAAAACUAAUCAAAAAAUGCCUGACUGGGAUUAGGGUUUUCACAGUAGAGCAGGGAAUAAAAUGGGGUCAAAAUGGCUUUGAUUUUGUAUGCUGUCAAAUAUGACUAAUUAAAAUCCUGGAAGGGUGUAGGGUAUUGUGUACAUUAAAUGGAAGUAGUCAUUAGCUUUAUCAGAAUCCCACAGUAACCUUUGAGAAAUAUCAUGUCAGUGUUAAAUCAAGAGCCACAAAGCACUUACAUUAAAGAAAAAAAAGUGCUCAGCACAUCUGACCAUAUGGGCACUCAAAAGAGAAAAAAAGGGAGCUUGAAGAUGUAAAGGAAAUUUUAAUGAAAAGAAAUAUUAAAUAACACCUCUGCUGAUAAUGAUAGAACGAUGAAAGCCCCGAUUCAGCAAAACGUGAACAUGUUUAUCUCUCAGUACAAGAGUAGCUCUACUGAAAUCAAUGGAACUUAAGCCCAUGCUUAGAGCUAUUCAUGUGCUUAGCUGCUUUGCUGGAUCAGAGCCUAAAACUCCCAUUCUGCAAACACUGAGCAUUUUUCUUACUGUGUCAAUGAACUAACUGAGGCCAAUCACACAUGUGGUAAAAUGGGUACAGAACUGGGCCCCAACUGUACUACUUCUGCAAGAGCCCAUGGAAAGUAGCAGAAGAGGACUGCGCUGGUACCAAACAUCAGAACUGAACUGAAUGAAAAUCAUUUGCUUUCUGAUCUGGGCUUUGAUAUCAGGGAACUGAUAUGUGUUCUUUGUGUGGGAUAUUUGAAUUCAUUUUUUUCUUUGCUAAAUAAAAUGGGUUACAAAACAA